UGGAGGAGAGGACUUGAUAAUAUGGUGAAUGUUGAAACCACAAUGUUCAUGUGAAACUUUUGUAAGAUUGUAUAUCAAUGAUGCUUUAAUUAAAAAAAAUAACGUACCUGUUGAUUCAUUUUUUAUAUGUCUAUAUAGACAAUCAUAUCAUGCCCAAAUAAUGACAUUUUUGUUUUUCCCUUUCCAAUCCCCCAACCCCCCAAUUUUUACUAUCCUGGCAAAGACUUUAAUUGCAUCCUCACCUUGUUCCUAGUCUUAAGAGCAUUCCAGCAUUUCACAUUUUAACUCCAGUUUGCUAUGUUUUAGGUACUUUCAAAAAAUAAAUCAAGCUAAGGAAGAUCCCUUUUACUCCUAAUUUGCCAACAUUUAAAAAGAAAAUCACGACUGGGUAUUAAUAUUAAAUAAUUUUUCUGUGUCUAUUGAGAUAAUUAUUUAAUAACAAAUGUAACACAUAAAAACUUGUGGAAGGGUACAAACUAUAUUUUGGAGGAAAUUUACAGUAAUUAAAUACUAAAGAAAAGAAGAAAAGCUAAACUGAAUGAGCUAGCCAUCCAAAUUAAGAAGUUAAAAAAAUAGAAUAAAACUCAAAAAGAAAACAAUAAAGGUGAUGGCAGAAAUUUACAGACUAUAUAACAAUCAUAUAAUAAUAGAAAAGAACUUGUUCUUUCAGAUACUCAUAAAAUAAAUCAAACUGGCAAUGUUAAUAAGGAGAAAAGGAAGAAAGCACAAAUGUAUUAGUAAUAAAGCAGAUCCCUUACUAUAAAUGCAGCAGAGAUUAUAAAUAUGACAAUAGUUGCAUGUUAAUAAACUUGAAAACUUAGAUGAAAUGGGUAAGUGCCAAGGAGAAAUUAUCAAGCAUAACUCAAAAGGAGUAGAAAAUCAAAAUUGUUCUAUCAGUAAAUAAAUAAACUCUAUAGUUAAAAAAUGUCAGUCAUAGACCUAGGUGCUUUAUAGACAAAUUGUACCAAAGAUUUAAGGACAGAACAUUUCAGUCUUACACAGAAAAGGAGGAAACGUUCCUCAAAUCACUUUAUGAGACUAGCAAAGUCGAUAUUAGAUAAAGUACAGGAAACGAAUAUUACUGAUGUUUCUCAGUCAUGAAAUUAGUUGCAAAAUUGAAUGUUAGCUAACAAAAUCCAGCAAUGAGUUAAAUACAUAUACAUAUAUUAUAUAAUAUAUUAUCAACAUACACAGACACCCAGGAAUGCAAGACUGUCUUAAAUUGAAAAGUUUGAUUAAUGUAAUUUGCCACAUUGAUAAGUCAACUCAUUACAUCUAUGAUAAAUCUCACUUUGGUUGCAGAUAAAUUAGAACCAUGCCUCCUGCCCCCACCUACUACAUCACAUCAGUUGAGACUUAGUCCUUUGAUUUGACAUAGAGGAAAAUACAGGGAGAGUAGUGAGGGCAGUUUCGGGGGCACGUGGGAGGCCGGGCAGGAGUGAGACCAGGGCAGGUGACGGCAUCUGGACGGGGCAGCUGUCAGGGCCAGAGGCAGUGUGGCUAAGCAGCAGAUACGGCUUUGCGGUGUCUCACCGACGCUACUCACCCCACCAACCGACGCCGCCAGCGCUCACCAGCAACCCCUUGGCCCCCGCCCUCCGCCAUCAGCUGUCUGCAGCCUCCAGGGCGCCCCUCACCAGGACCUGGUGCCCUCUCUCCGACGACGGCCUGUCCUCGCAGCAGCAGCUCCUGGCAGUUAACAAGAAAUUGAAGGUUAUUGGAAAAAGCUUUCAGUAUGGACUACACGGAGGAAGUUAUUUGUCAAUUCAGAUUUGGUAACAAGAAAUUCCCAGGUCUGAGAAGGUUCAAUACACAGCAGCAGAUAACUAGAAUGUCCCUCAUUCACAAAGGACACUGGCCUGCUUUCACAACCUUCUUCUAGAUCCUUCUAUCCCAUGGGUGACUUCAGUGUCCCCACAAAUAAACCUUACAGUAUUCUUGUCUCCACCUCCCCACACUCAGUGAUGUCCAUGUAUAGGCCCCCUCAGCUGCCCUCUUUCAGUUUACCAAAGGGCUGGGUUUCCUUGAAAUUGUAAAGACUCCGUGGGAGGGUUUGGGAUAAGGGACAAACGGCGGCCUCAUCUGACCACCCCUUCAAACUCCUGCCUGGGUUGCCCACAGGGAGAACACUGGGCAAAGCUGCAGUUCACAAGGUUGCCAUGGCAACCUAUUGUCCAUCAUAAUGGACAUACCUCAGCAGGACGGGGUGAAGGUGCAUAAAUAGUGGGGCCAUCACCCCACAGCCAACCACUUGCUACUUGGACCCACAGGGCAGGUAUCAGGUGGCUGCUUGCAGGUGCAAGAUAUAUCGAUUAAAGCGUGAGUAGAGCUGAGGAUGGGAGCGCCGAGGACCCUGAGCACAGGAGGAAGCAGAGGAGGUGUUGGCUUGAGGUGGCCUGCAGCUUACGGGGCCCAUCUGGGCCCCCAGGUACUGGGCCGAGGCAAGAACAGCGGCCCCAGGAUGCUGGGCCCCAUGCUCGUCUUCCUGCUGCUGCUGCUGCCGUCUCUGCUCCUGACCACCAGGAGCACCCUCCACCGCUACCCCACCCAGGACCAAGGUCACCACCCCAGCUCCAGGCUCCAGGAGAGCCCAGCAGAUGGGGACUCCUGCUGGAGCACUUACGACGUGUACUUCAUCCUAGACUCGUCACACAGUGUAAACAACAACUGGGAGUCCACACAGAGCUUUGUGAAGGAUUUGGUGAACAGAUUUAAUAACCCCAAACAGCGUAUGUCAUUCAUUACCUACUCGACGCACGGCCAUGUCAAUAUGCAGCUGACCUCGGACAGAAAAAAAAUAAACAAUGCUCUUGUUGAAUUGUUACAUGUAACACCUUCAGGAGCCAUAAAUAUGCAGCACGGAUUGAAAAAGGCCAAUGAGCAGAUCAAAAGAACGAGUGCUGCAGGAGCGAAGGUCCCCAGCCUCAUCAUUGUGCUGACAGGUGAACAACUGCUGCCAGAAUCGUUUGCACAGACACAAGUUGAAGCUGCAAAAUCCAAGCAGUUGGGGGCAACUCUGUAUUUCGUGGGUGUGCAAAAUUAUCAGCUAUCCCAGCUGUUGGAAAUUGCUGGUGAAGAGAAUCAUCCGUUUCAAGUGGACAGUGGAUACCCUGGACUGGAAGACAUCGUUGACCCACUCAUCGGGAGGUCUUGCGUGCAGAUUAUAUCUGUGGAUUUCUCCCCUAUCUGCACUGGAGGUAAAAAGGACAUCAAGGUUAUUGGAAAAGGUUUUCAGGACAGACACCAGGAUGAAGUUCUCUGUCAGUUUCGAGUUCGAAAGGAAACCAUCCGAAUAAAGGCUAUAUCCGUGGAAGAUACCUCCAUUACCUGCCCAGGACCAAAGAUAAAUAAUCCAGGCCAGGCCGUCUUCAUCGAUAUCAGCCUGGAUAAUGGCCUCACGUUCAUCAAGACGGAUUUAGAUGUCAGCAGGGGGAGCUGUGUGACUUCCAGGGAGGGGACCCCACCUGCCCUACUGGGUGCCAUACCACACGCUAUACAGCGACGAGCCCUUCCAGAUGCUGUGUCGAAAGACACACGGAAUACUCACCCAGAUGGGGUACCUCUCAUCUCACUGUUCCCCAGUUUCAAGACUCUCUACUGGGCUGUGCCCCUCCUGGUGCUGCCCUGUUUCCUGGUGCUGUGCUGCUGUAUCUGGCGAUGGCGCACUAAAAGCUGCCCAGUGUCACCACAGAUGUGCCCCAUGGUGAUCGUGUCAUGCUGUGGGAAUCAUGAUAAAGAGAAGAUAAAGGAACCAGAGAGGUGUGAUUGUGCCGUCCCCCUAAUGAUGCCCUAUGGUGGGUCGUUGUCCUGCGGCACAUGGAUCUACCAUCAACCCAGCUGUCACUGCUCCCACUUCAGCAGCACCUGCUCACGGUGCCACGGUGCCCAACCCAACUGCUGCCAGCUGAACGGGGCCCCUCGCACCUGCUGCCGCCUGCAUCCUCUGGAAAGCUGCUUUGAGACUCUCACCCCAUAACACAAUCUCUACAGCACCAAACCCCAAUAUUGUUUUUAGUUUGUGUGUGUCUGUUUUUUAAUUUUGGUAUGAUUAAUAUACACUUAAAUGAGCAACAUUGUGGUUAUUAGAUUCUCCCCAUUAUCAAGUCCCCACCAUAUAC